CCACGUCCAGCCCUCUCGUGAAGGAGAACUCGAGAAGUCGCACGGUCAAAUCAGAAGUCUUUCUUUCAGUUACUUUCCUUAAUUUAUAUUGGUUGCGGCUGUGCUUGCCCUUUUGGCCAUCAGCCCGUUGUCGCUCUUUUUCUUACGUUGACGAGAUUAUCUGGCUCUAACAGCGGUAGACUCCGAAAGGAAUAAUAAUCGGAAGCAAGAUGAAGGGUCUUCAAAAUGGUAUUCCUAUCGCCAUGCUGGCUGCAAUGGCCAGUGCCCAGGGUUUCGGCGGAGGCCCACGAGUUGAUACAGGCAACGGUGUGGGAAUGGGCUUCAGUAACGACUUCUCUAACGAAGUGAAUAACGUCAAUAAGGACGACCACGCCACCAAUGUGCACAGCGAGACGAACAUUCUCAAGGCCCCGCCGCACCCGCCUCAUGGUGGUCCGCAUGGCCGGCCACACGGUGGCCACGAUGGCCAUAACGAGGGUGGUCGCCAUCAGCCUCGUGCAGGACACCCGGGUUCUGACGGCGUGGACGUUGGAACUGCUGCCCAAUGGAACAGCGUGAACGAAGCCAAACAUGAAGUGCACAGUGCCAAUGUGGAUAACCACCAUGUUGAUAUUAACGAGAAGCACACCAUUACUGUCCUGCCCCCGCCACCGAAGCAUCACCCCCAUGGAGGUGAGCACGAGGGACAUGGAGAAGAGCACCAGCACGGUCACGAGCAGGGUGAGGGAGGACGCGGACACGGAAAGCGUUAUGAAGGGGGUGCUAUCGACAGUGGUAACUCUGCCAACUAUGACUUUGAGAAUAUGUUCCACUCGAAAACAAACAACGCCAACUUGGAUGACCAUUCGGUCGAUGUUGAUCAGAAGACCAAUAUCGUGACACCCCCCCCGCAUCCUCAUGGACAUGGACAUGAGCAUGAACGACGAGACGAGCAUGAGCCACGUGGAGGCCCUAAAAUUGACACCGGUAACGAUGUCGACUUCACUUUCUCGAACAAGUUUAACCACGAAGUGAACAGCUACAAUCAGGACAACCACGGAGUUGACGUGAACAAGAAUACGAAUGUGCAAGUCGCACCCCCUCAUGGCGGCCCUCCCCACGGCCACGAGGGUCAAGAGGGUCACCACAAACGUGCGUAUCGACCCGAUGCCGAUGACGCUGGCCGCGUAGACAUUGGCAACGCAGCCAACUCUGAAGCAUCCAACUCGGUUGACGCGAAGACCAAUUCCGCGAAUGUCGAUGAUCACUCCAUGUCGUUGGACUACAACGUCAACGAGACUGUUGCACCCCCACAUGCUGAUCACCAUGAUAAUGGGCAUGAACAGCCUGCUGAACAUCAUCAGCAGGAACCUGCAAAGCCCGUUGAGCACCAUGAGGAAGAGCAUGCAGAGCCUGCCCCUACCUGCACCACCUUGACUCGCGAGGUUGUCCACACGGUUGUCCGCACUGUGCAAGCCCACUCCGAGCCCACACACGGUCCCCAGCAUCAGGAGCAGGUGAACACUCCCGCUCCUCAACAUGAGCAACCCAAGGACCAUCAGGGAACAGAUCACGACGACCAUAGCGAAGUGAAGAGCCCCAAACCCACCGGCGAUGAUGGCUCCCAUAAUGAAGUGGCUCAUGGGCCCGCUUCUACUCCUGCCCAUGAACAACCUAAGCCCACAGGCGUGGAUGGCUCCCAUCACGAAGAGGCUCAUGGGCCUGCUUCUACUCCCGCCCAGGAACAGCCUAAACCCACAGGCGUGGAUGGCUCCCAUAAUGAAGUGGCUCAUGGGCCCGCUUCUACUCCUGCCCAUGAACAACCUAAGCCCACAGGCGUGGAUGGCUCCCAUCACGAAGAGGCUCAUGGGCCCGCUUCUACUCCCGCCCAGGAACAGCCUAAACCCACAGGUGCGGAUAACUCCCACCGCAAAGAAGAUCCUUCGUCUCAUGAGGGUGCUCAUAGCACCAAUGCUCAUGGACCCGCUUCUACUCCUGUUCAUGGACAGCCUCAGCACGUCAGUGAUGGCUCCCACUUCGACGUGCCCUCCUCUACAACGCUGGCUCACAUUGGCAUGACGCCAGCACCUACCCAUGCUCCUUCCAACCAGCACGGAGUCCUGACAUCCACACAAACUAUUCGUCCUUCCUCUUCCCACAUGGUUCACGUUUACGUGCCGCAGGGCUCGAGCAGCGCUGCGCAUGUCGGUCAGACUCCCGCCGCCACUCCAUCUGCCCAUGUCCCGGUCGGCGUCGACGCCGAGCACAGUUCUCACGUCGCAAAUAGCCCCCCUACACCCACACCCUCUUCUCACGAUGUCAUGUUCACGGGUGCUGCCGCGAACCUGUCCCCUAGUGCCGGUGUCAUUUCUCUCGCUUGCGGCGUGAUUGGCCUCUUGGCCUAUGUGCUGUAGAUGGUGUCCUGCCGUGUAGUUCAAUUUCUUUUCCUUGGAACCUCGAUGUCGAGACAUAAUAUUUUCUAGUUGCUGUAUUCUUAAGCCCAGUGGUGGAUCGCCGCCCAUGUCUCUCGUUUAGAUCCAUUUUGUCAUGAUAUGCUAGUUAAUGACUUAUUGUUUUUACCAUUCGUCUUGCCUGAGUAGACUUCUAAUGCUCUUAGCUCUGACCUUAGUGGUAUCUAUACAUGUAGUCCCUUUAAAACAACAUAUCCAUCAUAUGAUUGUAAAGCAGUCCUUGUAUCCUCGUUCAGUCCAUUCCAUCACCCUGCUCAAGUGCCACGAUCCAUCCAUCAGUAACCGCGCACGUGCACCGCCCAUACCCUACUAUCAACCAAGUUUUAUUUCCUCAUAAAUUACCACGAAUACAAAA